GCUUGCAAGAAAGGGUAACUCACGAGGGUCCCAUUCAAUAUCGCGAGGGUACGAUAUGCGAGGCCAGGCACACUCAAGGAGGCUGGAGCACCACCAGCACCACUGCAUCAGUACUCCGUACCAAGCACAAGCAUCUAGCAGAAGCAGAAGCAGAAGCAGAAGCACGAGCCUGUCUGUCCCGAGUCGUCGGGCGAGUUCCGGAUAUUGCCCAAUGGUCCUUGCUGACAAAAAACCGGCUCCGAGUGGGAGAAGCAUCUUCUCGAGACAAAAGCAGAAGAGCAUGCAUACUGGGCCCCCCUCUAGGCUCUACCAACCUAUCCCCAAAUCGACAACUCCAUCGUGGCCUUGUGUCUCCUUUCCCUGCCUUCUUGGCCUUUUCCAUUCCCCUCAAAAAGCAAAAAAAAAACAACACAACGCACCCCCUGAUGCCGUUUCUCAUCGCUGUGCUUGACGUUACACGGCACUGGGGUCUCAACUACCAAGUCCCACCGAUCACCGUCCUGAAUAAUUACCUUGACGUCGUUCAUCGCGGGCGAGGCUCCGUCAGUACCGAGCCUCUGGGGCCCUCCUUCCUGGCAACUGGGAACAAGGCAUCUUGGACACCGGACAAAGAUUGGGUAAAAAUUGGAGUUGCACGUCAAAUGAUGACGGGCGAGCAGAAAAAGAUCCCAAGAGGAGAAGGCUCACAUUACGAACUCUUAACGUAUCUGCCUCUGUGGACUCUAUUCGCAGGGAACUGCUUUAGCUCCAGUGGAUGCAUUUCCAGAGAACCCAGUCCACACAGUCCACACAUAGUAUCCAGCCAUUUCCCUACUCGACGAGUACGCCGGGAUUUCGAAGGGAAAGGGGUGAUCCCAGCAGAGACACGUUUUCCACAACCGUUUGUGGGCUCCCAGAAGCGUUGCGUCCACGAUACGUACUACGCAACCCACCUGGAAAUACGAUCACGACUAUUGACCGAGAAAAGGAAGAGGAGACGCAAAGGCAGGUUUCAUGACACAAACGGGAGGGCUCCGAGUCGAGCUCAACCUCGAUUCGGCGUACCGAGUACUGCUGCUGCUCCCCUCUCCAUAUUACCCUGGCAAGCAAGAAAGAGGCAGCGAGGCUGUGCUUGCAUACAUAUCGAAAAUCGUGGGACUAGGGAGGGGGUAAGCUGUGAGGUUCCGCGAUUCAGAGGAUCAUUUCCCAGGAUCUUGCAAAUCGCAGGCGUCUUCCCGAUUCCCCGAAGGCAUAAUACCGAAGGAAACUCAAUAUUCGACGAGGGGAGAUGAGCAUGUUCAGUGGGUGGGAACGGCAAGAUACAUCGCGGUGACAAAAACCCUCCGAGGGAACUGAAUAAUGUGCUUUUCCAUGAUCCUGGCUUCCUGGUCGAACACAACCUGACCGAGCGGAUCCAGCAGUCUGGAGUCUGCCGUCCACCGCGCAUGCUGUCAUACAGAGUCCACUUAAAGGGGGGGGGGGAGAAGGGGUGA